CUAGCCCAGGCUGGCAGAGCCGGCUCGCGCGGCCGCGGGCGGUGCGCGGUAGCUGACUUGGCCUGCGGCUCAGAGCGUGCAGGUAGGGCGGACCUCGGGUCGGACUGGUCGCUCUCCACGCCGGGACUGGGGGUUCGCCCUGCCCCAGCCUCCCGGCUGUCACCACCACCCCUAUCCUCUCUGACUGAGCUGGGCGCCCCGGAGAGGAUUAACACCCAGGGAGGCAGGGGACUCCCUUUAUCCAAGGAGGUGGCUUUGCAGGUAGCCACCAGAGGUAGCAGGAGCCACUUCUUGAUGUCAGAAGUGAGUAGGCAGGUUGACUGACCAUAGGCAGUCUCUCAGCCAGGGCUCUCUCAGCGUCAGAAUGAACUCCAGGAUCCCAUCUGUUAGGGGCUGGUUCAGCAGCCAUCCACCCACAUCUGAGCCUGACCUGGAGUCUACCACAGAUGGGCCAGCCUCCGAGACCACCACCCUCAGCCCAGAAGCUACCAGCUUUAAUGACACCAGAAUCCCUGACGUGGCUGGGGGUGCAGCCGGCGUGGGCACCAUGCUUCUGUCCUUUGGGAUCAUCACUGUGAUUGGCCUGGCUGUGGCCAUGGUUUUGUACUUCAGGAAGAAGAAGAGACUGGAGAAGCUUCGCCACCAGCUCAUGCCCAUGUACAACUUCGACCCCACAGAGGAACAAGAUGAACUGGAGCAGGAGCUGCUGGAGCAUGGGCGGGACGCUGCCUCCGUGCAGGCUGCCACCUCUGUGCAGGCCACGCAGGGCAAGACCACUCUUCCCUCCCAGGGCCCACUGCAGAGGCCCAGCCGGCUGGUGUUUACAGAUGUAGCCAACGCCAUCCAUGCGUGAGUGGCCUGGGGACAGGCCUGGACCUCUGAUAGAGACACCUGCUAUGGUGCCCAGAGAACUACCCCCUCCCUGAUUGUCAAGACCUAUUCUCAGGACUUGCCCUGCCAAGACAGAAAGGGCCAGGUCAGGCCCCAGCUGUUCUGUGGACCCAUCUGCUAAUUCUGUAGGCUCAAGAGAGGGCCCUUGGCCAGCCUGGGCAUCUGGCCACUGACUUCUCCUGACCUGAGGGCCAUGAUAUGGGGGGAAUCCCUCAUGCAGGGAAGGUCAAGAGCCACUGCAGGCUUCCUUGUCUCCUGUUCAGACCCCUCACAUCAGGGCCCGCUUCUCUAA